AUGACGGGCCAUUGCUCUGCUGUGGAGCUUGCCAACCAGACGUACAUGCUCGCAAAGGGUGUUCUUGGACAGGGGGACUUUGCGACUCUCAUGCGCAGCAUCUGGCGUUGUGGCGAUGUCCAUCCGGAUGUGAAUCAGACACUGCUUGCAGAAGAAGUUGCCGGAAAUUUGAAUGCUCUCCUCAGCAAUCAGAGGCAGCGGUUCUUAGACAAGAUGUGGCCAUUGGGUAGGCUUGGCGAGCUCGCGUGCUGGGAAUAUGCUGUGUUGCCCGAGAUUCUUGAGCACAGCAUGCAGGAUCAAACGCCUCGGCCGGAUCAGCUCUUCAAGGUUCUCUUUGGUCAAGUGGACCCUGGCUAUCGGUUGUGGCAACUCUUUGGUCUGGGUGGAAGUCCCCUGCGUGCGCAGAUGCAGGUCAUGGCCUUACGCAAUCUGGUCUAUGGCGCUUCCGAGGUGCCUGUUGCGAAGCAGCAGUUCCUGAAGAACUGUCAGGUUUGCAUCAUCAUCUUGGCCUUGGUAAUCUUGGUUGUGCUGGCCAUCUCGGCUGUUGCCUUUCCCAUCUUUUCCCUGGUGACCUUUGACAGUUUGGGUAUUGGCAGAGCACUCAACAACAGGACCAGGAGGGCAAUGAUGCUGGGGGCAGUCUUUUUGGCCGCCGUGUUCGGUUUGGCCUAUGUCUUGGCACUUCCAUAUCUGGACGACCUUUCGGAACACGGCUUUCGCGUGCUAACGCUCUACCUGACGCUGUUUGCAGCAAGAGUGGCACCCAUGCUGUCCAGCCUGGCCUCCCUGCGCUACCUCAAGACUGUCGUCUGCGGGUGGUUGAAGCGAGGUGUCGAGCCGAGCCGGUGGCUUCUCCUCAAGGUUCUGUGGUGCUUGGUGGGACCGCUUGUGGUGAAGCCACGUCUUGAUGCAUGGUCAGCGACCAUGGCGGUGCGUCUGCCAUUCCUGGAAUCUCGUGUUUAUUAUGAGCUUAAGCAGUUGGGAAGGCUGCCUCAGCCCUUAGUGCUCAGGCCUGAACUCUGA